AUGCCUACAAAGACUAAAGAAUAUUUUGAGAAACUAAGGAAAGAACUAAGAAGGAUUAGAAAGAAAAGGCAAUAUAAAGGCCAGCAUUAUAAAUUUAGUGAAAUAUUAGCAUCCUUGCCUGAUAUAAAAUAAUAAAAGCUUAAGUAAAGAAAAGAAUUUUGAAUAUCAAUAUGAAGAUCAAGUUUGUCCCACUUUUACAUUUAAAAGAAAUUCAGUUGAUGUAAAAUAUACUGAGACAAAAGCUUCUAAACUCUUGCAAAUGGCUAAAACAAUUAAGGGCUCAUUUGCCAAAUCUCCAAAUAUGAAAAUACAAAAUUGGGUAAAUUUUGAAUUCUUUCCAAGGACCUCAAAAACUACAAAAAGAAACAAUAUCGCCUCAAAAGCUUCGAAGAGAAAGAAAAGACUAGCCAUAGCUAGAGAAAGCUCUGUAAGGCUUAAGACUGGAAAUCAAAGCUUUAAAAGGCCUAAAAAGAUCAAAGAGAAUAGAUCCUUGAGUAUAAGAAAAGCAGAGAGCAGCGAUCUAACAAGUAAAAAGUCGUUGUCACCCAUAAAUGAACCUAUAAAACCAAAAAGACGUAAAAUAGUAAAGGAGACUAUUUACAUUGACAAAUCUAAAGCAGUGAAAUCUGUGUAUAAUUGAAUAUUCAAAUAAAGGGCCUAUUAAUAUUGAUUACCUAAAUGAUGACUCUAUUUUCAAAGAGUUAGAAAAUGGGUUAUCUAACAAAGAGCUGACUUGGCUUUCAAACAAAAGAGCAGAAGUUAUCGAAAAAUACCACUAGAAAUAAAGGAAGC